UGUGCAAUUUGCUCCGUGACCACAGUCCGUUUGAGGGAGUCAACUGAGUCGCACACACGUACUCCCUGCUCGACAAAUCGAUUAAAUCACCUAUAGAAACCAACCGAACGAAAAUGUUUUGUGCCUUAUCAACGUUCCUAACAGUUAUUGGCUUCUAUGCCCUGGCCUCUUAUCUCUACGAGCAGCUUAGGACGCCGUACAAGUUGCUGAAACUCAGGUAUUUCAGCGACAACAGACCCACCCUCAAGGAGCGCUACGGAGACUGGGCCGCUGUCACAGGAGCCAGCGAUGGGAUCGGCAAGGAGUAUGCCAAGGAGCUGGCCCGCCAGAACAUCAAUGUGGUGCUGAUCGCCAGGAAUGCGGAGAAGCUCCAGGCGGUGGCCAAGGAAAUUGAGAGUGGUUCCAGUGUGCAGACAAAGAUUGUGGUUGCCGAUUUCACUAAGGGCUCUCAGAUCUACGAGCAUAUAGAAAAGGAGACAGCUGAUGUGCCCAUUUCCAUACUUGUAAACAACGUUGGCACCGGCAGGCCGUCGUCUAUUCUGAAGUGGAGCCAGGAAGACACCCAGAACAUACUCGACACCAACGUGGUGGCCGUUUCCCAGCUGUCCCGCGUCUUCUUCCAGCGCAUGAAGGCGUCGAGGAUCAGGGGAGCCAUUGUGAAUGUCAGUUCCGGCACGGAACUGCAGCCCCUGCCCUAUGGGGCCUACUAUGCCGCAUCGAAGGCGUACACCCGCAGCCUCACCCUGGCCUUGUACCACGAGGCCAAGCCGUUUGGAAUCCAUGUGCAGCUGUUGUCGCCCAAUUUCGUGGUCACCAAGAUCAAUUCGUACUCCAGGCAGAUCAUGAAGGGAGGUCUGUUCAUCCCAUCGGCAUCGGCCUAUGCCAAGAGUGCCGUGGAUCAGCUGAGGGACGGAGUGGACGAGACGCCGGGCUACCUGUGGCACCAUGUCCAGAAUGCACUGGCCACCGCCUUCACCUGGCGAGCUCGCACCUUUGCCGCCUACAAAAUGUUCAACAGAGUAUCGGAUAAAAAUAGGCAUUAGUUACCUUUAUACAAAUGUUACUAAACAGCUUGACGAUCCAAAAAUGCAUUCUUAGCAGAGAAAGUACUUCAAGUUUAGGAUUAAUUUCCUGAAAUGUUACUUUCUGAAUAAAACGUAGCACACUUUCCGGCGGGUGUGCAACUCCGAA